UGUUAAAUGACGAUUGGUGAAUAUUCUAUGGUUUGUUCCAUGUCGAUCUCCAUUAGAACGCGAAGCUACUUAGGUGUAGGUUUGAACUUCCUGCUCACGAUGGCGCAGUAGAUCGACUGACUUCUUCUUUGCUCGCAACACCAGAAAUCAACCUGUAUCUCAUUAACGGCACCUAGCAAUAGGCAGCAAGAACACUAUAAAUUCGAAUUAUAUAAUCUUGGCUUCUCCCUUUUUAUAAGGUUGAGGUUUAGGUCUAGCGGCGCUCAAAGCACUAAAUAAAACAACCGGUAAGUUUUACCUCUAGAGACUUAGCCCUUUCAACAAUAUAUAAUCUGCAAAGAAAAAUAAGAAACAGCACGAGGAGAAAAUAUAAAUGGCCUCGUCUUCUUCGUCUUCGCUGCUCCUGACAGGGAGUGGGCCUUCUUCGUCUUCUUCGUCCCUGAAGCGAGGAAGAGAACCCGAAGUCGAGACCGAGACUUCACUGAUCGACUUAGCAGUCCCCGAUGAAGUUCCGGACGAGGAGGAGAUCAUGCGCCUGCUUGAGGCAGGCGGCGACGAACACUUCGAGGAGUUCAGUGUUAAAAAAGCGCUUGCACAACUCGAAAGGAAACUGAAACAGAAUCAGGACUUGCGCAUCCGCUUUGGGGACGACCCGGCUGCGUUUGCCGAGAGCGAAGUUGAACUCAAUGAGGGGCUGUUGAAGCUGAAGGACUUAGCAGCUAGUGGGGCAGAGGCAUUCGAGGAGUUCCUGAAGCUGAAUGGCUUGUCACUUUUGUUAUGACGAGAAAGCAAUGCAACUACUUUUCAAUCUCUCUGUAUAACAUCAAGUAAAAACUAAAGAAGUAGCACACUACCUAGUGUUAUAAGUAGUCGAAUGGACGAUCGGCAGAAUUGUAAAGGUUGCUACCUUCCUUCCGCUUAAAAACUUCCACAACUUCUAACUCCCCUCCGUUGCAUGGCGCAUGUAAAUACUGACAUAUCGAUAUGUGUCUUGGAACUGUUAAACGCACUGACGGAGACUGACAAUUUCGAAUUGGGGGACGAGGACCAAGUCGGAGGCUCAAGCAGUAGCAGCUCAGUUAUGAAGAUGAAAUAUAAUGUAACUAUUUCGCGUACUUUCGUCCAUUUAACGUUAAAGACUUGUAAUAAUAUUCGGACCCACGUCUUGAUAUUCGAAGGUUUGGACACUAGUCUCAAGCAGCACUGGUGCUGUCAGUUUUCUUUUUCCUGGUAGAUCGAUCCCUCUACAGAAAUCCACAAUCCAUCUCUCUUCCCCCCACCUCCCACACCACCUCCACCACCACGACAGCCCGCGUUUUCUAAUACGUCCCCCGGUCCGCAAAUGACUCCAGCAGAACGCUUUGUGGAUGCCAUCGUUACAGCGAAAGUACCAGAGAUGGUGUUGGAUACUAUGUUGAGAAUAGGAGACGCAGCAGGGGAGGAAGAGAUUCGUGGAAUUCAAGAGGCGUUUGGCUUCAUAGAAAACAUAGUCGAGAUCAAGCCAGACGUCGUCAAAGUCUUUGCUCAAGUACUGCCUUUUGAUUCGAUGGAGUAAUAGGUCGGAAUAGGUUUCUUUCAAAUUCGAUGUGAGUUUUUGAAGUCUGCUGAUUAUAUUUGAAUCUCGAUGGUUUUUGAGUUUGACUAAAGAGCAUUCGAUAAUUUCAAUAACCUAACAUUUUUAAGAAUUGAUGUAGCCAGAUCCUUCAUAAAGGUGAAUAUGAUAGACAACCUUCCUCGACAACAACAAUAGAUGAAGAAUUUUCUUCCUUGGUUGCUGAAGCGGCUACGAGGUGACGGAGCUGCCACAAGGCAUUACGCGGCAGAGAUUUUGUCGAUCAUUUUGCAGAACGACGUGUCUGCCAGGGGAGACUUUGGAGUGCAGAAUAUGGGCAGAUUAUUGAAAACGGUAGCGGGUUAUAGGCGAGACGAACUGACAGAUAACCUGGAGAUAGAAUUCGCAGAGAACGUUUUUGACUGCCUUUGUUAAGGCUACCGCUGGACCAUAUCCUGAAUAUCAUCCUUGACCCUUUUUUCAAGGAGAAAAAGGGACCAGGGAGGUUCUCGGGGAUGCGAGCGCGGUAGCUCUAACUUUGCCAGGUUUUGCUUGUGGACACGCACCAAGACGGUUUUCUGAAGGAGCAGGGGCUGGAUCUCAUGAUUUUAUGACUUGUUAUCGUUUGACCAAUACGAAUUAGAAAAAACAUGAUCUUUUCGAUUUUCAUACAGGACGGAGCACUUGCGCGUUACCUUGAUCUCGGUGUUGAUUUGAUGUUAACAUCAACUCCCCCUCCAUUUUGUCCUUGUCCAUCAUCAUCAUCAUCAUCAUCCGAUACCCUGUUCUGCCUGCUCUAAUUAUCCGUAUAAUGAAUCGCGCCAGCUACGCAUCGAAGUUGGCAUUGAAGGUUGCGGAUAUGGCCUGUAGAGGGCAUAAAGAGAAUUGCAACAAUUUCGUGGAGAAGCUAGGAUUGAAGCCACUCUUCGCAUUCUUCAUGCGGAAGGGACUGAAGAAAAAGGUACUCAUGAUGCUUUCCUUAGUACACCUAUCAUCUUCACUUCCGCGUUAGUCUUCGUGGGUUACUAAAAGCAAUGACAAGACAAACUUGACGUCCAUGGGAUCAUCAAGUUGAAAGUAGGAUGAUCAUAUCAUAUUUUAUUACAUCUGUGACUCACCUCAAAUUAACUAGUUAUUUCCUUCCUAACUUUCACUGGCACUUAUCUCACGCUUCAUCCUUUAUUACAUCAGUGAUUGUGAUAAUCAGUCAUCAACAUAAUCGUGGCACCAUGAUAGGCAUGAGUAUCCAAAUGCAUUUGACAUUUUUUUACAACAGGACCUCAUCGAGAGCGAGGAAUAUAUUCUGGGCUUGAUGCAGAGUCUGACGAGGUAUUGUACUGGCGACGCGCAGGCGCGAUUGAUGAACAAGUUUACAGAAAACGAGUUUGAGAAAUUGCAGCGGUUGUUUGAGGUGCAUUUGGAAUUUUCCCAGAGACUUAGUUAAGGCCCAACUUUCAUUGGUCAUAGAGGUUCUUGGUCACUGAAAUCGAAGAGGGUCCCCUUGAAAGAACAGGGGAAAAUGAAGGGAAAGGGGAGAGCCUUGGGGGGGGUCUCUUCCGUUCAGAGUCAGUGGCCAGCGAAUGCUGAGCUUUAACUUAGGUUAGCUGAUGAGCAGCGCGCGGAAGGCAGAGAACUUGUGAAAGAGGACCUCCAGCUAGAGGAGGAAGACAUCUACCUAGAGAGGUGCGACGAUGGUCUCGCGAGCUUACAAUUGGCGGAUUUGACGAUCAUUCGGCUGGCGAAUAUGGGAAAUAGACAAGUGGCGGAUGCAGUGCAGGCGUUGUUUGCCUUGAAGGGGGUAAGCAAAGCGGAAAUGCGGGAAAUUUUGGAGGAAUACGUGGCGCACUUGGACCCAGACCUAGGCGCGAAAGAUGCCAAGGAGAUCAAACGGCAUACCGAGGAGGUACUUGGGAAAAAAGGCUGAUCAAUCAUGUUACAACGACAAGAGAUCGGGUGCUUGAAGGAGAGCAUUCUCGGGACACCUUGUAAAAGGGAGAUGAAAAGAAAAAAGGAGAUGAGGUGGAUGAAGAGGCCUGCCUCAUCUGGCUACUAUCUUUUGGUUAAGUACAUUUUCCAAGAAAAGCAUGCGCCCCCCAUGCUGAUAUUAAUUUCCACCUCUGAUCUUACUAGAUCAACUUACGAGCCACAUUCCACUUUCAUGUUCAUACCGAU